AUAUCCGUAUGUGAUUGUAUUUUGCACAGGCAAUAGAACGUAUUGUUUGUAAAUGCAAGAAAUCGUUUUUCAAGAUGGUAUUAAUACGUAUAAAGAUUCAUCAAGUACUUUAUAUUCUUCAAAUUUGUGGAAUAUUUACGAGCACAUGGCCUCCAGAAUUCAAGACUGGAAAACGAGAAAUUUUUCUUCGAGAUCUCGGUUGGAUUCUGGCAAUUUUGAAUGUAUUAGUAUCAAUGCCGCUGUUGAUUUUGGGUGCUUACUAUUCUGAAGAUGUUAUUCGAAUGAUGAAGGCACUGUCUGAAUUGACGGCAUUAAUGGAAGUAUUAUUCAAUUUAAUCUUGUGUAGGAUGGAAAGAUCACGAUUGCAGAAUCUUUUAGCAAAGUUGAAAGACUUUCUUGACCAUUCUGAAGUGCAAGAGAGGUAUAUUAUACAAAAAUAUAUAAAUCGUUAUACAAAUUUCUCUAUUUUUGUUGGAACAUCCUAUAUCUUAGCAGCAGUAACUUUUUCCUGUGGUCCCUUGUUUUUGCCGAUAAGCCUUCCAAUGGAAGCAUGGUAUCCAUUUUCUAUUGAAAGUAUCUAUAUUAAAAUUAUUCUUUAUGUAUUGCAAGUAUUCGCUAUCUUGCAAACGGGAUUUUGUAUUACGGUAGACUUCAUGAUUGCCAUGUUUUUUUGGUAUCCCGCUGCAAGACUAGAAAUGCUAGGACAAGAAUUACAACAGAUAACGCACGAAAAUCAAAUAAAGAAGUAUAUUCAAAAACAUCAAGAAAUAAUAAGGUAUGCAACAGUUCUUGUUAGUUUGUUGUACUAUUUCUUGAUAGCAUCGAAUUAAUGUUAUAUG